UGGAAAGUCUGAAAUUUCACAGAAUCACAGAAUUUUUAGGGUUGGAAGGGACCUCUGGAGAUCAUCUAGUCGAACCCCCUGACAAGGCAGGGUCACCUAGUGCAGGUUCACAUCUUCUGCUUUGAGACAGAAGUGAAACCAAAUUAAAAAGUUACCAAAACACAUUCCCACUCACCCUAUGCACAGUCACUAGGACGAGAUGCUAACACAGCACCUCCACAAUUACGCAGUAAAUUUAUCGAGGCGCAGGACUGUAGUUCAGCUCCUUUCUGGCGGCACUUCCCUUUCGGUGAGUGGUAACCGAGCUCCUCCCCCUGCGCGGAGCGGGGCCGGCGGGAGCAGCGGCGGCGAUGGAGCCGGCGCUGGGCCCGGAGUUCGAGGAUUCGCUGUUCGCGCCGAGCCGGGAGCGGCGGGAGGGCGGCGGGGACGGGGCUCCGUGCGGCGCCAGGCACUGCGAGCCACUCUGGUUCCACAGCGCGGCUGACGCCGGGGAAGGCGCCGACGGGCUCACGAGCAGCAAGUUCCGGGCGGACUGGGCGUUCCGGCAGCGGCACUUCGAGAAAGCCCUGUGUGAAUACUCAGACUGCCUGCUACUCUUACCUGCCAGCAACACUGCAAUGAGGCGUGAUGUCCAGGAGGGCCAGGCUCGGUGUUUAUCUCGCCUGGGAAGGCACAAGGAGGCUCUGGAUAUUGCAGAAAAAAUGGGUCUGGAAAAUGUAGAAAAAAAGAUGAUGUGUCUGCAGCAACUGAUCUGCUUACAUCCUUUCAAUCCCUGGUUCUGGAAGUUACUUGCUGAAGCUUAUAUGAGCCUUCUACAGAAUUUGUCUCAAUUGGUCAUUCCAGAAGCAAAUCUAAAUCAGUCUGAAGAGGUUUGUGUAAGUAAUAGCAGUUUCAAAACAUCAACUGGCAGAGAGAUGAAUUUGCAGCCUCACAGAUCAGAGGGCCAGAAGGAAGGCCCUUGGUUCAGCCUCGCUGCAGAAACAAAGGGGGAGAAUGCAGUGACUUGUCCCAGCAGCCAAGUAGUGAAAGAAUUCCUCUGCACUUCAGGAGAACUGGAACAGACGGACAAAGAAAAAUGUGCAGACUCCAAGGCCUGGAAGCAGAGCAUGUUAAAGAAAGUUGGGAUAAAAGCAUGUGCCUCAUUUAUUAGAGCAAGGCUUUUACUUCAGCUUACCCAGUCACAACAGUUGUCCUUUGUGCUAGAGCGUAACAGAAAAUGCCAAAAAGAAAUCAAUGACAAAGUGGCUCUGCUUGGUUUCGAUGAAAACUCCUUGCUGUUGAUGACCAAAGCUAUGGGGCAGGAUCUUAUACCAGAAAAACUAAAAGAGGAAUUUCAGAGUGAGGUAAAAAGCAUAGGCCCUUCAGCACUGUCAUCACUGGUAACUGCUUCAGUCAUGGAAUUUGAAAUCAAAUGGUUUGGUAAUCUCCAAGAUGAUUUAUGUCACUUUGAUGGACAAUUUUAUUCAGACAUUUAUCACCCACCUUCAGUAACAUAGACAUUUUGUUGUAUUUAUUCUUGUAUCUCCAAAUGAUUAUGGCAUGAUACAUGCAAUAAAGUUCAUAUUACAUUUUUUAAGAA